GAAGUAAUUUGGAAGGAGAGCAGGAUUUAUCCUGCAGGUGGAAAGGUACUCACAACUAUAUACAUCAACUGCAUAUACAGAUCCAGGUGAAGGAUCCAAAGCGAGAAGGAGUAAACGGGACUUUGAAAAAAAAAAAUAGAGGCAAAGGGCCAAAUGGGAGUAAAGGGGCUUUCAGGAAAAGGAAAGAAGCACUGAAAGGCCUGGUCCCAAGAAAGGGGAGGCUCUAAAGGACACACUGCACUGCAGAGAAGGCGUCUCUCUCUUCUCAGUUCAGCCUUGCAAAAGAUUCUGGGUGGGAAGCAUCUACCAUGAAUUCUUCUUUGUAUUGUUCAAAUUGUUCCUUGGGCAACGCCACCUUGGAUUCACAAGCCAAUCAAACUUCAGUCAUAAAACGGAACGAGGACAUUGCCAAGGUAGAGGUGGCGGUGCUGUGCCUCAUCUUUUUCCUUGCCCUGACGGGAAACUUAUGUGUGCUGCUGGCGAUCUACACGACCCGCCACAAACAUUCCCGCAUGUACUUCUUCAUGAAGCACCUGAGCAUUGCUGACCUAGUUGUGGCCCUCUUCCAGGUGUUGCCUCAGCUCAUUUGGGACAUCACCUUCAGGUUCCACGGGCCAGAUUAUCUCUGCAGGUUGAUCAAAUACCUGCAAGUGGUGGGGAUGUUUGCUUCCACCUACAUGCUGUUGCUGAUGUCGCUGGAUCGGUGUUUGGCCAUCUGUCAACCCUUGAGGUCUUUACAUCGGAGGUCGGACCGGUUGUCUGUGCUCCUCACAUGGGUGGUGUGCCUCCUCUUCAGCAUCCCGCAGCUCCAGAUAUUUUCUAUGAAGAAUGUGUCCCACGGGGGGAUGGACUGCUGGGCGACAUUCAUCCAGCCUUGGGGUCCUAAAGCCUAUGUCACCUGGAUGACCUUGACUAUCUACAUCAUCCCAGUGAUUGUGCUCAGUGUCUGCUAUGGCUUGAUCAGCUUCAAAAUUUGGCAAAAUGUGAGGCUGAAAACCGUCCAUGAAACAAGUGUGAGUCUAACCUCUAGUAAUUCUCAUGGAGGCACACUCUCCAGGGUGAGCAGUAUCAAACUCAUUUCCAAAGCCAAGAUACGGACAGUCAAAAUGACCUUUAUUAUUGUCUUAGCCUUCAUCAUGUGCUGGACUCCUUAUUUUAUUGUGCAGAUGUGGCUUGCAUGGGAUGAAAAUGCUCCAAAAGAAGAUUGGACGUUCAUAAUCACCACGCUCCUAGCAAGUCUGAACAGCUGUUGUAACCCCUGGAUCUACAUGCUUUUCACAGGCCAUCUUUUCCACGACCUUUUGCACCGAUUCCUUUGUUGUUCUUCACGGUACUUAAAAGCUCGGCAAGGAUGUGACCUGAGCGUCAGCAAGAAAAGCAAUUCGUCCACUUUUGUUCUGAGUCUCAAAAGCUCCAGUCAAAGGAGUUUUACCCAGCCAUCCACAGGAUGAGCUAGAGAGCUCCAGCUUCUCUAUUAGAUGAUACUAAAAUGUUUGGCUACAAAUGGCUUUGGUAUCUAUCUGCUUAAAAAAAAAUGGGGCAAAGUGAUAUGGGUGCAUGUAAGUCUGGGCAUAAAUAUACUGUAUGUGUAAAGAUGAGUAUAUGUAUAUGUGUAGGGUAUUUGUUUAUUGACAUGUAAGGUAAUAGCUGGCUAUAGUCUGAUUCAAAAUAAGUAAUUUGACCCUUCAAGAACUUGGAAGUGCUAUUCCUGUCUGGCCCAGGCAGACAGAUUUGUAAUAUUUGAAGAACACUAUAUUUUCUACAUUUAAGCCAAAUAAUAGUUCUCAUGCAAAACAUACAAGGAUUGACCACAACGCCGAUGGGUUCCACAGAUUAAUGAAACCUACAAACUGAGCAACAGAUUACACUUACAAAUAACAGGAACAAAAAGAAAAUAUUGUCUCCUAUUGUAAAGGCAGUAAUCGUUGUUAGUCGCGAAGUCAUGUCUGACCCAUUGCAAUCCCAUGGACAACAUUCCUCCAGGCCUUCCUGUCCUCUACCAUCCCCUGGAGUCCAUUUAAGCUCAUGUCGACUGCUUCAGGGACUCCAUCCAGCCACCUCAUUCUCUGUCGUCCCUUUCUUCUUUUGCCCUCAAUCGUUCCCAGCAUUAGGCUCUUCUCCAGUGAAAAGACAAUAGAGUUAUAAGUCAAACGAAUAUGGUGGAGUCUUAUAAGUCAAACAACACAUGGAGUAGAAAAACAUUGUUCCUUUUUGGACUGACCAUUCAAUCCACAACAAGCAAUUCAAAUCUUUAAACACCCCCAUCAUUACCUGAACUUGCAUGUUAUGUGAUGACUGAUCAUGGAGAAAAAUUCGGGGAGCCCAACAUGACACCAGAAACUACAUUUGAGGAUAAUGCCUGAAACUGAAGUCGACUUUUAGAGAUAUUCCAUGUAUUUUUUUCUAGUGGCAUCAUUCAUUUUUCUCAGCAACAUUCCACUGUGAAAUGUCAGCCCUUCAAGACUGUCAGCAUAACGUUGUGUAUCACUCAUUAACUGUUGACAAAUCUAACACAGCAAAGUUUAUAGAGAAUGCAAACAGUGCUUUGUAAAAAGAAUACUAGCUAGCCCAUCAUUACCAGCUGCUUUUGCAGAAUCUAACUAGAGGGGGAAUGUUGGAAGGCAGUUUUAAGGCUCACUUUUAAUUUGCAGUAGACAACAAUGACACCCAUCACUGCCCUUGUUAAUAGCUAAUACAUUCUAUAGCGUGACCCAAAAUCCUUUCCACUUUGAGAAAACAGUGAGUUGUUUUUUUUUUUAAUGUGGUAAACAAUAUUCCUGCAAGAGAUCAGUGAUUAGUACUUUCUGCUAUUAAACACAUUGCAUGUCAGUCAUUGACUGUUACAGCAGAAAGUAUCAAAUGUUUAGUCUGGACAAAAAGAAAUGUAAGAGUAGAUAACAUAGAAAAAUGUCAGAUUUGAACAAGUAUCACAGAGAAGAUGGAGCAGAUUUAUAUUCCGUGGUUUAAAAAGUCAGAACUACCAAGAAUGGGUGGGAAUGCCAUUUUUGGCUAAGCAUCAAGAAAAACUUCCUAUUGUUAUGACAGUGGAAUAAAUUAUCUCUGGAUAUGUUGAACAUUGAAUUACUUCAAUUAUCUCUGAAAAUAUUUAAGCAGAGAGGCUCUAGAUGUAUCUCCUUUCAGCAGUGAUGUAUAUAGAUGAACUUUGGAGUUCCAAAAUGUUACAAUUUUGAAAAUUGUUGAAGUUAGGUGUUACUCAA